AUGACGGAUUGGACGACCUUUGAUCAGAAAUUUGCAGCAGCCAUGUCUUUUUUUGCGGCAAAGCAGCCUAGCGUAGUUUCACCACGCUGUGUUAGGUUGUGGUCUUGGGUUACCAGGUUCACUUCUACCUUACUCACCUCAUGUGAAGACUCGAUCGGAAAAUGCGAAUGCUCCAUACGAAAAUAUAUCACGAGAGGCAGAAGUGAAGAUCGUCAAGACCAUUUAAAAGAACCGAAGUUGGUCUCGUGCUUUGUCAAAUUAACAAGAACUUCAACCCAUAUCAAUCGGGGUCAUCAAUGGACAAGGAAGUGCGAAUGCGGAAGAGGAAAAUAUUACAUGCGAUGCUGCAGGUAUUUGGUUGAACUGUUUAUUGCGUUUCAAAAAAGAGUUUGUGAAACAUUGUGAAGAAAUACAUCUAUAGAACAAAGUAUAAGUAGUCUAUGCCCUACUUUUGUACUCCUGUAUCCUUGCAGU